UGAUCGCGUAGACACAUUAAUAAUUUUUCUCAUUUAUGUUUCUCUUUAAAAGUAAAAAAAAAACCAACAAAAAAAAAAGCGUAAGCAUGGAAAAUGAACAGGAUGAACUCAGACAUCGACAGCACAUGCAGGACCAGCAUCGUAAUCAGCAUCAUGGCGUACAAAUUGGCUAUUCUGAUGUCAUGCUACAGCUUGGCAACCGGGAGUCUCAACGAUCACCAUAUGCCGUUUACUUUGAACAGCCACGCGAAACGCUGCCGGAUAGUUAUGUAGUUAUGCCCUCCUAUCUUCAGACAACACCGCAGCAAACGCAAACAACGGCUGCAACUGUUUCUGUUAAUGGAGGUGGCAAUGGUGGUGGUGGCGGUGCUGGUGCUGGCGCUGUUGGUCCUGGUGGUGGUUAUGUGCCCUUGUUUCAGUAUCAGCCGACGUCCAGGAAUAUUAACCGCGAAAACUAUGCGGAGCCAGCGAGCUCAACUGGCAACAAGUGUUGGAAAUGCAAUGUCAUACGCGAUAUAUGUCAUUGCAGUCGGUUGGCAGAAAACAAUCCCGGCUAUGCGGCGCCCGUGGAGCAUGUGCAUUCCACUCAAUCAAAUGGCAAUGGCGCUGGUGAGCCAACGCAAUUCUUUGAACUCAGCUCAACAUCAACUGCGACAGCCACGUCCACGUUGUCGGCGACGGCAAAUAUAGCCAGCAAUAGCCGCAAUAGCAGCGCAUCAUUCAUUCCAAAUCACUCACAACGUAAGACUGAAAUGGAUGUCCUGGCACAACACCAGCAGCAUCAGCAGGAGUCGCACACACAACAGCAAGAAUAUGACAAUAGCAACAGCAACAAUAUAAAUUCCAGCAGCAGCAUGUCGCAUUUAGGGAACAUCUGGCCAGCUGCCAUGGAUGAUCAUGCUGUUGACGAGCAAUUAAUGCAGCAGUCUAGAAACAAUUCAUCAUCGAGUGCUUAUGAGCUGCCCAGUAGUUCACUCCUAAGCUCUAAUAACAGCAGCACAAACAGCUCUUUUGAGGCAAGCAGCAGCAACAGUAAUAUUAAUAAUGCGCAUUUGGUUAAUGCUAAUGCCACGGCCUUCGAUGAUGUCACGUCCAGUGCAUCCGAUACGGAGCAUGUCCAGUUCGCCAAUACGCGUACCACCAACACAACCACAACCACAUCAGCGUUGCAAAAGAAAAAGCAUCAAUCGAGUCGAAACCGAAAUGGAAGUACAACAGCAACUGGAGUAAAUGGUGCAAUCGUUGAUGCAACUGCCUCCGCGCCGGCUUCUUCAUCAGUCAUUGAGCUGGAUGCUACGCCCAGCACCAGCGCGCAAGCACAACAGCAGCACCAUCACCAACAGCAGCGCAACCGCCAUGUAUAUCGACAUCGGCGCUAUCCCAGUGAGUUGGAAUAUGCGGGCGACAACAGCAGCGACGAUGGCUGGGAUUUGCGUAUGCGUAAUGCAGCUUCUGAAUCCACAGCUGGGCGACCGCAGAGCAGCAACAGUGAUAUGGAAGCCCGCCAUGCGGAUCACACGUAUUUUAAUAGUCGUGGCUAUAGAUUUAACGGUCUACCACCACCACCUCCGCCACCUGAUAGCAGCUUUACGCGUUCCAACUCGGCAUCCUGCACCACAGCCACUCACACCACCUGCAGCGUGGACUAUGGUAGUCGUGAUAUUUGUGGUGUGCAUCGUUUGACAAGCGAUAGAAGUGGUGACACGGCCACAGCGGAGCAGCAGCAACAACAGCAGCAGCAGCAGCAGCAACAACGACCAGCAGCUGUGCUUAAACUUUGUUUCGGCACAGGUAGCAGUGGCAUUGUGCGCACGCGUUCUCGGGUACGUUCCAUGGAUGAGCUAAUCCCAGCAGCCGGCGGCACUGGCAGUGGCAGCAGUAGCAAUCACAGUAUGUGCCAGCCGCCCAGGAAGUUAGCACGUCUUGAAUCCCACAACGAUGGGCCGUUGUCCUCCACCACCAUGUCCAGUCUCUCGCCAACGAACUUCUAUGCAUUUCAGCCAGGUCGUCACCGGCAUCGCACGUAUGCGGAGCUGGCCAGGAGUAGUGAACGGCAGGAGUCUCCGCAGUCUAUGGCGCAACCGCUGCUUCAGAGGACACAACAAACAAGCGCCGGGUCGUGUGUAAUCACCUAUGUGGGUAGACCGCGCGAUACAGAUGGCAGUCGAGCGGCACCUAGCACAGUAGAUCUGCCCAAUCUGCCUUCCACUUCGACAGGCAGGCGACAACACACGAAUUCGCAUACGAAUAACAAUAAAGAUAAUGCAGUGCUCACAGCGCCCGAUCUACAGCUGCUUGAUUGGUCUUCCGAUUCGAAUGAUGAUGAUGAUGAUGUGGUAUUUGUGCACUCCACACGUGAGCCAAUACUAUCCAUUGAUCUGACAUCCGAUGAUGAUGGUUUUAGUGCCAGCAACGAGACAGCGCUACAGCAGCAGUUACAACAAAUGCGGCAUCGCCAUCGACUGGAGCAACAGCAGCAAACGCAUCAUCAUCAACAGCAGCAACAGCAGCAACAGCAACAACAGCAACAACAGCAACAGCAGCAGCAACAACAGCAGCGACAUAUGCGCGAUGAGCCCCUGGCCACAUGUAGUCGAACAGCAGGGAGUAGUGAAGGCUUAAAUCCACCCGCAGCUAGUGCCAAUGCCACCGUAUCGGCAACUAUCAUGCCGCGUCCAAAUUCUGCCAGCGACUACGAAGACCGACGACGUCAGCGUCCAGCGGCCGGCACCUCGUUUGCUUUUUAUACUGGCGCUCUAACAGAUCGUGUGGCCAUCACCGAUCACAAUUACAGCAGCUAUGAUCAUACGCCGUCGGCCAUGGGACCAAUUAUCAGUCUGCUGCCUACACGCUGCCCUGGCCUGGAAGCUGAGGCAGCGGCGGCGCAUUCUCAGCGCUAUUUCCAGCCAAUUACGCCGCCACCCAUGUGGCAUUUCGCGCCGUUGCCAGAGGGGCAGCCCCCGCCACAGGCACCGCCGCCAGCGCCCAGUGGUAAUACGGGCACUUAUGUACAACAUACCUCAGCGGGUCCGGUUAUUGCAACGCCAGUGGCACCGACCCCAGAGGCGGUGCCAAGUGGACACACCAGUCCCGCAGCGUAUUAUCAUCGGUAUCAGCCAUACUAUGUGCCACACUAUACAAUCACAGCGCUACCGGCAAGCCGAAGCAAUGGCGACUACUCACCGGGACCGGUGACCAAUCCACAUUACCAGGGUGGUCUAGCAAAUGCCACGGGCAGCAGUCGGAGCUCAAUACGCGGCGCAUUAAACGCUGCUGCUGUUGCAGCUACUGUGGCUGCAGCUCAAGCGCAAUCCUUCCACGAUUUACUAUCGCUGGCAUCUCCGGUCACCAGCAUGGAGAAUAGCUUGGAGGAUAACUACCACCAUCGCAGUCAGACACUGAACAUACUAAAUCGUGCAACCACACCCGUUGCUGCUGCAGUUGCCACAGCUGCUGGCCCACCGCCAGUCAUGUCCUCAAUAGUUACUGUUGCGGCUGCCGUGUCCCCGCCACCACCGCUCGAGAUGUAUUCUGGGCGUACGACAAUGCAGUAUUGCGGCUCACCACCGUUUAGCUUACGGCGCUCAGAUGCGUACCAUAAUCAUCGCCAGCAUUAUCAGCCGCAGCCGCAUCAAGGCCAUCAAGCGCCGCAGAAUCAAAUGCAUGCACACAUACAUCCGCCACAUCGGGCGAGUGCGAUUGUGGCAACAUCAUUGACACCAGCGCCACCGUAUCCGGUGCAUCAGAAUCUGUGGUAUCGGCAGCAAAGCAUGCAGGAGCUGCAUCGUCGUCAUAUGACACCCACACCCAUUGAUCUCUCCUCGAAUCCGUUGAAUCUGACGAGCAGUCUGCGCACGCGUUAUUUGCAUAGCAUUUGCAAUUGUGUGCACGCACGCAAUGGACCCGUCUCCAGUCUCGAUCCUGCCUAUUAUCCGGCUUACGAUGCUGCUGUACAGCAGAGUUCCACGGCCACUGGGCCAAUUGAUGCGCAUCAACCGCCGCCGCCACCACCACAACUGGGAAUACAAUAUCAACAGCAACAGCAGCAGCAGCAGCAGCAACAGCAACAGCAACAGCAACAACAGCACCAGCAGCAGCAACAGCAACAACAAAUACAGCAACAGCAACAACAGCAGCAACUGCAACAUCAACAACAGCGACGUCGAGCUGCAGUCCAUCAUCACAUGUUUCAUCAUUACUCACCGCUACAUCUUGAAAUUGGUCUCGCUACGCCGCUUUCGCUAGGCUCCUCACGCAUACUGAUCGGACCACCCCGGCCCAACCGAGGCGCCACCUUGGAAAUUAUUGAGCGCAAUACCUUGCCACACAAAUAUCGCCGAGUCCGUCGACCCAGCGAAUCGGAUGAGGAUGCGGAAAAGUGCGCCAUAUGCUUGUCGCUCUUCGAGAUUGAAAAUGAUGUGCGUCGUUUGCCCUGUAUGCAUCUAUUUCACACAGACUGCGUGGAUCAGUGGCUCGUCACUAAUAAGCACUGUCCGAUUUGUCGCGUUGACAUUGAAACGCAUAUGGCCAAGGAUGUGUUGGUGCCUAGUUCUAGUGGUGUUGCAGCAGCUGCUGCGGCGGCUGCUGCUGGCACAGCUGCUUUAUGACAUUGUGUACAUGGUUUAUUCAUGUAAGACAUCAAUAACACACAAAAACGGCUCUAAAUCCGCUGCGAA